CCAUUGUUAGGUUUCCGCGUAGCCUUAAACAUGGUUUGAAAGCACAAGGCUUUGAAGUCGUUGACAAAAUGCUAUCUUUUCGGUUCCCUUCCAUCAAAAGAAAGAAGAAGGAGAAGGACAAGACAGAGACCAAGGAGGAGAAGCGUGAGAGGAGAAAACGUGAAAAAGCUGAGAAAGAAAUCCGUAAACAGGAGAAGAAAGCUCACGUUAAUGCGCAACAACCAGACCCAGCCAUUGCAGACAUCGUAGCGGGGAAUGCUAUUGUAGAAGACGAGAAAAAAGGAACUAGGUUUAGCUUUAGAAAGCGAAAAUACGACGUCGAACACGAAUACGACGAUACAAAAUCCCCAGAUUCUAACGAGACAGUUGAAAUUCGUCAAAGCUAUCAUUCCACUGGUAGUGAAGGUAGUGGUAGUCCUUCCCAAAGGUACGGGUCACCAAGGGGAAGCAUAAAUAAAGGGGCUUAUAAUGAUCAAGACUACGAUGAUUAUUACCAGAAUGGAGUACAUAAUAAUGAAUCUAAUCGUGGACAAGGAAGUGGAGGACCUGUUCCAGCCUCUAGAAAGCGAAAAACUUCUAGUGUAGAAAUUCAACUUAAGGGCGAUAGUAGCAACGGGAGUGAUAGUGAUCGAGAUAGAGCUACAGAACGAUCUACUGCGUAUAAAAUGGAGAAAAACGAGGAACGUAAAGCAUCGAAGUCUCAUGGUUUUCCACCGGGUGGACGGACUAUAGCGCUGUCAGGAACUCCAAAAGGAGACAAACAAAAUAGCGAUUCAUCUGCGCCACCAAAACCACCUCGAGUUGUAAAGGCAGAUGAAAGUGGAAUGGUUGAACUUAGACUAGUAAAUGCAGGGAAAGAUCGGCCUGCAAUUCAUAUGUCAAACAAACCAAGAGAAGUCGUCACUACAUCGACUAUUACUAAUACUUAUUCAGCUCCUUUUGAGGAUUUUAUGGAUGCAAGUAUGGAGGAAAAACCAAUUCAGGCUGGCAACGUCCAAAGGUUAGAGAGCGGAGUAGCAAUCGAUGUUACGUCUCCAAGUGAAAAAAGUUUUGAUGAUCUUGGAGUAGAAUUCUCUCUUCCUGAAGUUGUUCCUGCAUCCCCUGGAGUACCUAGAGUUAUUAAAAUACAGCGAAGACUAAGCGGAGAUUUUGGGUUUGCGUUACGAAGGGGAACGUCUAGUGGAAGUGAUAAAACCGUGCAUUUUGUCGAACCAGUCGGUCCUAACACUGCAGCAGGUAUAUUACCAGGAGAUCGUCUGAUCGAAGUUAAUGGAGUGAACGUGGAGGAUGUUGAUAGAGAGAAAAUUAUUGAAAUGAUUGCGAAGUCAGGGAAUGAAGUCGUGAUUAAGGUAGUUCCUGUAUCGGAGUUAUCAGAGCUGAGUGUUCGCAGUGGACUAGAUGGAUCUACUGUACAACUAGAUGAAUCCAAUCUAAAAGCAGGGACUUUGCAACGAAGUGGAAGCAAAAGAAUGAAGAAAAAGCCCAAAUCAGCAGAAGAGGCUGCUUCCCAGAAAGCUUGGCAGGAUGCUGAGAAAGUAUGGGUGGUGCAUAAGGCAGGGUUCUCUGGUGGUAGGGUGCAGAGGAUUAAGCCUGCCGCAGGUGAAGAGGAAGAAGACACUCCCAUGUGUAAGGUAAAGCUGGACCAUGGGGGAGAAGUAAUUACAAUUGAAGAAGAAAGCAUUGAAAAGGUCAUUCAGAUGUUCCGUGGCUGCAAGCAAGAAGAUAUGCCGCCACACAUCUUUGCUGCAGCACAGACAGCAUAUCGUAACAUGAUGGCAUCAAGAGUAGACCAGUCUAUAGUCCUGAUGGGUAGUACAGGUUCUGGUAAGACAACAUGUGCUAAACAUAUCCUACACUACCUGUCAGUCACUGCGGCAUCACAACACUCUCCUGUCACAGAUCAAAAGUUUGAAGGCAUCUUUGCUCUUUUGGAGGCAUUUGGCAAUGCUUCAACUCAUCUGAACAACAAUGCUUCCAGAUUCACACUACUUGCCAGUCUGGACUUUGACUCGGCUGGCAUGCUUACUUGUGGCGCAUUACAGACAUUCCUCCUUGAGAAGUAUAGAGUUGUGCGGCAGAAUGAUGGUGAAGGGAGCUUCCAUGUGUUUUAUUAUCUUCUGGCUGGUAGUGACCCAAAGCUUAGGAAGGAGCUUCAGCUUGAUAAAGCACUGAAGGAAAUGAAUGACUUCAUCUCUGGCUUUGAUCCUCAGGCUGCUGAAACCCACAAGUUGUCAGAAAAAUGGACAGAGAUAGAGUUUGCUUUGAACAUGUUGGGGAUCACAUCUGAUGAAUCCAAAGCUAUUUGGAGUACUUUAGCAGCUAUCUAUCACCUGGGAGGUGCUGGUAUUACCAUGGGCUCAGAUAACAAACCCUAUUUCUCUAACCCUGCUGCCGUCCAACGAGCAGCAUCAGCCAUCGGUACAACACAGGAAGAACUGUCUGAGAUCAUCUUUGCUCCACCCCCUGUCAAUCAAUUCACCAUUCGAAUGAGGAACAAGACAGAUUCCCCAACUCCUCCUUCCUCAGCAGAGGCCACCCCUGAGAGACAUGCCAAGGGUGUGGCAGCCAGUUAUAUUGAAGCAUUGGAAGGCUUUGCUAUAGGGCUGUACCAGGAAGCUUUUAAUGCCCUUGUAAGACUUAUCAACAGGUCCCUUCAGUGUGGUAUUCGUAGUGUAUCAACAAUGCACAUACUAGAUGCACCAGGAUUCCAGAACCCUCCAACAGCUGUCAAAGAAAAUGGGGCAUCCUUUGAAGACCUUUGUCAUAACUAUGAAUCAGAGAGAUUCCAGAAGUUCUUCCAUCAUACUGUGUUUAAUGCGCAAAUGGAACGAUAUUCCCAGGAGAACAUCGAAUGCAGCUUUGAGAGCGUAGCAACCUCACCUGAGCCUGUAGUCAAUGUAUUCGACAAAGCUGUUAAAGGCCUGACGAGAGGCUCCACGUUGGAUCUUAAAAAUGAACAGAAAGGACUUCUUUGGAUUCUUGACGAGGAAUCUAUCUUCCCUGGAGCCAAUGAUAGUAGUUUUUUGGCUAGAGUCUACGUACAUCACUGUAGUGACAAACAAUCCUGGGUGAAGCAAGGACCUCGUAAAGACACCUUCUACGUCAACCACAGUCAGGGUACCGUACCAGUGCUGUACAACGCACGUGGGUGGCUUAAACUAGCCAGAGAACAUUCUACAACCAAACAAGCUCGCGGCGUUCUCUCAGACUCCUCCAAGCCACCAAUUGCUGAUCUGUUUAGUACGAGUAAUACUGGGGAGAGCAGCAUAUCGAGGUCAAGAAGCUUCAAACGAACAUCGAUGACACCCCCUACUGCUAUUAAGAAGAACUCCCAGUGUCUGCAACUGAUAUAUCAAGUGGACACAAUUCUUGAAGCAAUCCGCAAGACUAAAGUGAACUUUGUUCGUACCAUCCUACCACUGAUUGCAGAUGGACUACAACAAGAAGGUGCAGAUAAGGAUAAAGAAGUGGCAUCAUUAGAAGUACCACUUGUCAGACAACAGCUGAGGGCUGCUGAGAUGCUAGAUGCCAUACGAAUACACAGACAAGGUUUCCCAGAGCACAUGCCAUUCGCUGAGUUUAGGCGUCGCUUUGAUAUCCUCGCGCCUGCAGAGCACAGGAAUGCUGGACCAUUCUUGGACGAGAAGAAGGGGGUAGAAGCUUUGAUUGAACAUCUUGAUCUAGACAAGAGAAGCUAUCGUCUUGGCUUGAGUCAGAUCUUUUUCCGUGCUGGUUCGUUGGCCCAACUAGAGGACGCCAGGGAUGAGAAGAACACGGGAACCAUCGUCGAACUUCAGGCUCACUGCCGUGGAUUCCUGGCCCGUAAAAAGUUCAAGAAGCUACAGGUUCAGAAUCGAGCGAUGAUCUGUAUCCAGAGAAAUCUGCGCUUGUUUGCAGCUGUAAGGUCUUGGCCAUGGUGGAGGCUGUACACAAAGGUAUUACCGCUUCUGAACGUACAUCGUACAGAGGAACAACUCCAAUCCAAAACAGGCGAGGUGGAAAUGUUAAAAGCAAAGAUCGUCAAGCUAGAAAAUGAAAACAGAGAAUACGCUGUGAUAAAUGAAAAACUCGAAAAGAAGGUAUCAGAGUUAUCGAAUGCUUUAGCUGAAGAUCGCGCUACAGCGAACCAUGCUAGUCAAGUACUGGAAGAAGAAUCGAUGGAGAGAAUGAGACUAGAAAGAUCUCUACAAGAACUACAGGAAUCUUACGAGGAGAUCGAAAAGAAGAAUAAGAAACUCGAGACUAACCUCCUGGAAGCCCAAGCUAUCGCUUCGUCUGCUACUCGACCUAUCGUUAAACUAGAACGAUUAGAACGAUACGAAGGAGAAGGAGCGUCUAAUGAUGAAGACGACGAAGAAGAAGAUACGUUCUAUCGUGAUCGGUAUAUUCAAGCUUCCCGUCAACAUGAAGAACUUCGACGAAAGAUCCAGGGCGAAUCAGAGCAAGAGAUUGAAGAUUUAACCAACCAGAAGAGACAUUUGGAAAGAAAGUUAACAGAUGAGAAGGCAGAGAACGAUGAACUACAACGGGUCGUUACUGGACUUAAAAAGAAGUCCUCGCGAAUCAAUGCGGAGAUGCAGGACUUAAAACUACUGCUUGAAGACGAACAGACACGAAACUCUGAACUGGAAAAGAAGCAGCGCAAGUUCGACCUGGAGGCGAAUCGCUUAAAAGAAGAAGUCUCUCAUGAAAGAAGCUUAAGAGAUAAGAUCAACCGGGAAAAAGAAAAAUAUCAAUCAGAGAAAUACAGACUGGAACAAGAACUGGAGAGCGCUAAAGAUGACGUUGAAAGACUGACAAAGGAGAAUCAUAGGCUGACCAACGAUUUGAACGACGUGGCUGGCAACCUGGGUACUAAAGGAGAUGCAGAUACUAUCACCUUAAAGAAGACUAUCCGUGAACUGGAACAAAAGAUUCAAGACCAAGAAGAAGAGCUAGACGAACAAGCCGGAGAGAUCCAAGUCCUGGAACAAACUAAACUACGCCUGGAAAUGGCUGCAGAGCGAGACAAACAGCUCGUGCACAAGGAACUGGAAGCAAAGGAAGAAGAGCUGGAAGAAAUUCGUUUUUCCAUGCAAAAGAAGAUCAAACAGAUGGAAGGCCAACUAGAGGACGAAUAUCAAGAAAAGACAGCGUCUGUCAAGGCAAAGCGUGAGCUAGAACGACGACUGCAAGAGUUGCGUGACAACUUGGAACGCGGUAACGUUGAAAACGAAAAGCGAUUAAAACGCGAGCUAAAGCGAACGAAAGCGUUGCUAAGAGACGCUCAAACUGUGAUUGAGGAGCAAGAAAAGAAACUUAAAGACAGAAACCAAAUGAAAGCCUUGAAAGACAAGCUCGAAGACGCGGAGUAUGCAGCACAUGCUGCGAGAAAAGCCAAGAAGAAGGUAGAAGAGGAACUAAAAGAUGUUCAGUCGCAGCUGGAUUCUGUUUCGAAAUCAAAACUUGAGAUCGAGAACAGGUACUUUGUCCAAUUAAAGGAACUGACCUCGCUACAGAGUCGCGUAGAAGAGGAUGAAGAGGAUAUGGAGACGUUGACCGAGAAAAACAGACAAUUAAUCAAACAGGUUUCUGAAACACAAACGCAGCUGCGAGAUACAGAAAAUCUUCUUCACGAUACAAUUACCGAGAAAGAAGCACUUGAACUCAAGAUAUCUACCAUGAGCUCAAGACUAGAUUAUCUGGAAGGAUCGACUGUAGACAAGCAAACGUUGUCCACCAUGGAUAGCAAGAUGAAAGAGUUGGAGAGCAAGCUUGACUUUGAGGGAACGUUCAAAAAGAGACAAGAUACUCAAGUCAACAGAUUAAAAGAACAAGUAUUAAGACUUCAAGAAGAGAGGGAUGAAUGCCUGCUUCGAGAAACUAAAUUACAGCAAGAAAACAUGAAAUUGGAACGACAUAUGCGUGAAAUGAAGGAUGAGACAAGUGCGAUAGAGAAACGUGACGGUGAACUGAAAAAGAAGAAAUCUGAAGCGGAACGUGAAGUAGAAUCGCUAGAAAUUCAAUUAGCAUCGACCAAACAAGAGCUGGCUCUAUCCAAGAAACGCGUAGCUGAACUCCAGCACGCUUUAGAAGAUGACAUGCAUUCUGACUCAGAUAGACUAUCAGAUGGGGACUUGAGCGAUGACUCUGAUCUUAACCUUGAAACAAGCUCCCGUGUGCCUUCAGAACCGCGAUCAUACCGAUCAAUAGAAGAUCUUGAUGAGCGUGACGAGUUGGAUAGUAAACUAAAAAAGAAGCUCAGAGAAUUCAAAGACAGUAGUAUAGAUUCACACAGUGGUACUAGCAGUCCAGCUGAUUCGUCUACUCGUAAAACCAGUGCUAAUCUAAGCCCAAGAUCUGAGAAGGGUGAAGAUCGUACUAAACACACUGAUGAAUCUUCCAAGAGAAAAAAGAGUGCAGAACACAAAUCACGAGACGAUCGCAGGAAAAAAAGUAUAGAAAAAAGGAAAAGCUUAGAACGGAUGAGCCGCAAAGCUAAAGAGGACAUUCCUGGAGCUUUUGACUUAUAGUGAAUUACAACCAAUCAGAUCAGGCCAAUUAAUUAUGACGUCAUACUUAUUACAAAUAAAAAUUGGGGGUUUCUGUGACGUCAUGUUUCUAAAAAUAGAAAUGAGACGUUUCUACGACGUCGCUCUAUCUAGAAAGCAUACUGCAAUCACAAAAUUCAGUAUUCUAUCAAUGAGAAUACAUGUUGAUUGUAACUUAAUUGAAAAUAUUUGUUCCUUAGCACUACAAGAGAAGGGCAACGAGAAUGAAAUGUUAAUGAACAGAAUGAAAUCCAAAAAAACUUGGGACAACUUCCCCUUACAGUUUUUUCCUCAAAUCUACCUUAUGAAUACCACAAGAAAUAGGACACGUUUGAAAGAAGAAGAGUUGGCAGACAGGAAAAUCUAGUUUAUUUUAGAUCACUUUUUCAAGUGUUAUGUAUUUUCCACUUACAGUCUGUUCUUGUCACAUCUGCUAUAUCCUGGUUUGUGCUUGCAGCAAAAGGUUUUAAAUCUUGUCGUUAUGCAGAUUCAGCUGACUGUCCUUCRUUGCACAUGUUGCAUAGCUGCAACACUAGCCUAUUUAGGUCAUUAAUGUAGUUAGUGGKCUUAAAAUAUGCAUCUUAAGAAAAUAAGUGUUUGUGUACCAAUUUCAAAUCGUUUAACAUUAAUUUUUUAUGCAUUUACAUUUUUAGUUGUCUUUGUUCAAUGGGGGAGGGGGAGGGCGAGGUAUCACCAAUAUCCAGAAAAGGGCUAAUUUUGGUGUGCUACUGGCUACUGGCUGCCAUGUUGUGACUCAUUCAAAUACUUAUCAUUUCACCUAUCUUGGAUGGAGAUGUAUGAAGAUAUAUGUAAUUGUAUUGCAUUGGUGUUGGAGAUGCCAUUUGGAGGCUAAUGAACAAAGAUGUGCAGUUGAUGUGACUUUGCCAACAUUUUUGCAACAUCUAUUGCAUAACCAUUUGCUAGGGAAUCCUAAAACCUAGCUGCAGCUUUUUCCUUGGCCCUGGCAGCUAUGCUUUUAUGAUUAUUUUUGGAGAAUCACAGUAAUAGCAAUAAAAAUCACAUUAAGAAUUCCUAACCAAGUUUCUCUUUUUUAUGAGCUAUUUCUUUUGUAAUACCAAGGACAUAAAUGGUUACUAACCAGUAAUAGAGAAUUAAAUAUAUGACCAUGGUAAAUGAUUGCAAGUGCCAAUGACAGCAAUAAUUGCUGUUUUUACACACCUUACCCUUAAAAGGGCUAUUUUCGUACAAUAAAUAUUAAAAUGAAUUGAAACCUGCAUGCAAGUUA